CGUACAAGAAAUGGAGCGACCCGGCGACGUGGGCCCCCGGGCCCAUCCCAGGCCAAGGCGACGCCAUUGGAGCCAACGUCACCAUCGUGUGCGGGGAGGCCAUUCUGCUCGACACCUCGCCCAUCGCCCUCACGCUCCUCAACAUCCGCGGCUUUCUCCGCGUGCUUGACUCCCCUGCGCUCCCGAAGAUCGACCUGUCCGCGGCGUUCAUAGUGGUGCAGGGGAAUUUCUCCAUCGGCACGCCGCAGCAGCACUACAGGCAGCGGAUCAAGAUCACGCUCACGCCUAAUCCCAACAACCGCGCGGACUAUCUGUUCACCGAGAACCUUCCUGCGGAGCCCGCGUUUCCGCGCAAUCUCGGCCACAAGGCGUUUGCAGUCGUGGGCGGCCAGGUGGAUUUCCACGGCAUGCCAGGUGGCAGCAGCACGCCCGCGUGGACGAAGCUGACGGCGACAGCUCAGCCCAACGACCUGGUGAUUACAGUGCAGGAUGACGUCAGCUCGUGGCCUCAGGACGCCUUCGUUGUUGUCACAUCCACUGACUACUUUCCCGACCAGGCGGAGGUCGUAGGGAUUAUUGAUGUGGUGGCCCUCCCGUCGGGCGGCUCGAAAAUCUUUCUUGAGAAGCCGCUUCGCCUGAUGCAUUUCGGAGAUCCCAAGGGCGUGCCGGACGGCUACGGAGGCUUCGUGGACCAGCGGGCCGAAGUGGCCCUCCUCAACCGCUCCAUCGCCAUCACGGGAACAGACGAGCCGGCGCCGUACCACCGGGAGGGCGGGCACUUCAUGAUCUUCAUGAGCAACACGCCUCAGUUCAUUGAAGGCGUGGAGUUUGCCCAGAUGGGGCAGCAGGGCAAGCUGGGGCGGUAUAACAUUCACUUUCACGUGUGCGGGGAUGACGCGGGGCGGAGUGUUGUGCGGAAGAACGUUAUGCAUGACAGCAAGCAGGUGAGGGAGGGGUGGUGGUGGGGAGCGGGUGAGAGAGGGGUGGGGUGGUGGGGAGCAGGUGAGAGAGGGGUGGGAGCAGAAGGUGAAUCUGGGGCAAUAUGCGGGGAUGACCAGGGGUGCAGCGUGGUGCGGAAGAACGUUAUGCAUGACAGCAAGCAGCGUUGUGUGGUGGUGCACACGAUCUUCAACCUCACGGUCGAAGAGAACGUGGCAUACCACACGAGGGGCCACUGCUUCAUGGUGGAGGAGGGGGGGGAGGGGCGAGACCGGCACUCACUGUCUGCUCUUUGCCCUUUGCGCUUUGCUCCUUGCAUCCCUCACACCCCUCCCCACCAGCGCUGUGUGGUGGUGCACACGACGUUCAAUCUCACCGUCGAAGAGAACGUGGCAUACCACACGAGAGGCCACUGCUUCAUGGUGGAGGAGGGCGGCGAGACCGACAACACCUUCCUGCGCAACCUCGGCAUCUGGACGAGAGCAGGUGCGGUGAAUCUGGACGACAGCAGGUGCGACGAAUCUGGACAAGAGCAGGUGCGACGAAUCUGGACAAGAGCAGGUGCAAUGAAUCUGGACAAGAGCAGGUGCGACGAAUCUGGACAAGAGCAGGUGCGACGAAUCUGGACAAGAGCAGGUGCGACGAAUCUGGACAAGAGCAGGUGCGACGAAUCUGGACAAGAGCAGGUGCGACGAAUCUGGACAAGAGCAGGUGCGAUGAAUCUGGACAAGAGCAGGUGCGACGAAUCUGGACAAGAGCAGGUGCGACGAAUCUGGACAAGAGCAGGUGCGACGAAUCUGGACAAGAGCAGGUGCGACGAAUCUGGACAAGAGCAGGUGCGACGAAUCUGGACAAGAGCAGGUGCGACAAAUCUGGACCCCACCCAGACGGAGGAGAGGGACGAAAACCGUCUCCUUUCUCCUCACCAACCAGGCACCCUCCUUUCCUGCCCCUCCUCCCCCCUUCUGUCUCUCCACCUCUUCCCCCUCUCUCCCCCUCCUCCCCCUAUCACUGGAACUUCUCGUGUAUCCACCAAGACGGAGGAGAUGGACGACGCCCCCUCCACCUUCUCACCUACUAGACACACUCCUUUCUGCCCCUCCUUUCCCCUUCUUCCUGUCUUCCCCAUCUCCCACCCUUCCCCCGCAACAGUGGAGGUUCUCAUCCCGCUGUCAGCAGCCGACCCCACAAAGGCGGACGACAACCCGGCCACCUUCUCAUGUGCACGUGACUUGUACCUUCUCCCCUCGUCCCCACCCCCAACCACCCCCUGCUCCCCCUCACCCCCUCUUUCAACAGGGGAGGUGCUGAUCCCGCUGUCAGCAGCCGACCCCACCAAGACGGAGGAAACAGACGACAACCCGUCCACGUUCUCGUUCACCCAGUGCUUGCCUUACUCCCUUUCAUCUCUCUCUUUCCCCUCCAUCAACCCAUCCCCCCUUCCCCCUCAACAGUGGAGCUAUUGGAUGGAGCUGAGGGACAGGGUGCGCGGAUUCACGCUCUCUUACCCUGGGCUCAACGCCACAGUCCCUGCCAACGGCCCCUUUGGCAUUUAUCGUGACAAUGUGGCCCACAGCAACCGAGGGCCGGGGUGGAGGACUUAUCCCAAGGGGGUGCGACCCAGGCAGACUUGGUCGCUGGAAUCUCCGAUCCCCCAGUGGCAGUGGAAGCCGUCUACAGGAACCAUCAGCGGGCUGCUGCUCUACAAGCAAUCCGGGGACGGUUUGUUCGUGCACAAUUCAGACGGGCUUAUCAUCACCAACAGCACGUUUGCUGACAACCGCCAGGGGCUGAACCUGCUGGGCAACACGGGCGUGAAGGUGACAGACAGCCGAUUCAUUGGGGUGACGCCCAACUAUGGCAACCCCCGCAUGUGUGACUCCACGCCGCAGAUGUGUGGGCCUGUCACCGGCUGCGACUUCCCCCUGGCUGCCGGGCAGCAGGGGCGGUCACAGGGGUGGUCGCACUGGAAGAACCCCAUCUUCGGCAUCAUCAUCGACCAUCCCACCUUUGGAUUCGACUUCGCCCGCGCCCACGCCAUCUCCAACUGCCGGUUCCACGCGUAUGACAGCACGUGCCGCCUAGCUGCUGCCAUCGGCGCGGGCAUCAACGGAGCUCCCAAGGACACGUGGGCCACGGCCACCAGUGUGCAGGCUGUGACAGGCACACCCGGCACCAACAUGCUCUACUUUCCUCCCCGCAACUUCACCUUCCCCCGGAAGCUCACUGCCCAACUCCUCCUCUGGUGUGCACUUUGCCACCACUGCCCAACUCCUCCUCUGAUGUGCACUUUGCCACCACUGCCCAACUCCUCCUCUGGUGUGCACUUUGCCACCACUGCCCAACUCCUCCUCUGGUGUGCACUUUGCCACCACUGCCCAACUCCUCCUCUGGUGUGCACUUUGCCACCACUGCCCAACUCCUCCUCUGGUGUGCACUUUGCCACCACUGCCCAACUCCUCCUCUGGUGUGCACAUUGCCACCACUGCCCAACUCCUCCUCUGGUGUGCACUUUGCCACCACUGCCCAACUCCUCUGGUGUGCACUUUGCCACCACUGCCCAACUCCUCCUCUGGUGUGCACUUUGCCACCACUGCCCAACUCCUCCUCUGGUGUGCACAUUGCCACCACUGCCCAACUCCUCCUCUGGUGUGCACUUUGCCACCACUGCCCAACUCCUCCUCUGGUGUGCACUUUGCCACCACUGCCCAACUCCUCCUCUGGUGUGCACUUUGCCACCACUGCCCAACUCCUCCUCUGGUGUGCACUUUGCCACCACUGCCCAACUCCUCCUCUGGUGUGCACUUUGCCACCACUGCCCAACUCCUCCUCUGGUGUGCACUUUGCCACCACUGCCCAACUCCUCCUCUGGUGUGCACUUUGCCACCACUGCCCAACUCCUCUGGUGUGCACUUUGCCACCACUGCCUAUCCCCCACCCUGCUAUGCUGUAGGGUCACGGGUCGCGUGCAACGACAUCCGCCUCCCCACUCUCUCUCUCUUCUUCACUCCCCACCCAUUACUACUUCCCACCCACCCCAAAAGGGAGGAGACGUGAACAGAGGAGGAGAGGCAACAGACCUGUACACUCUCUGGGACAAAGACGGCUCUCUGCUCAACGCCACUGCCGGAGGCUACCUGCUGGCAAACAACACCGCCCUGCUGCCCCCCACCAAGCGCUUCCCUGCUUGCCAGCCCGUGCCCGCUUGGAACGCCUAUGCGUGCCCGGGGACGUGCUACCGUACUGUCAUGUUUACUUACCUGGAGCCGGCGUUUGCUGUGUAUGAGAACAGCAGCGUGCCGGAUACACGCAAGCGAGGGGACUUCAGCUACCUCGCCAUUCGUCGCAUAGAGGACGAGACAGUGAUCACAGUGGACGGCAAUUUGCGUUACCUCUCUAUUCGCCGCAUAGAGGACGACACAGUGAUCACAGUGGACGGCAAUCUGCGGUCGGUGGGCAACAUGUGGACAGCAGGGCAGCGCAUCUUCGUGGUGCCCCUGCUGGCGAACGCCACCUACGAGGUCAACAUAGGGUUACCGGGUAACAACCGCGCCUUCUUCCCCAGCAACAUCACGGUGCAAUUGCGCGACAGCAACGGGUGCGGCGGGCCGGUGACUCUGAGGAUUCCGGCGAAGCAGAGCAACCAAUGGAUGAUCAAUGAGGAGCAAGACGUGAACUGGAAGGCCUGCGCGGGCACAUCAGACAAAGCAGCGGUGCAGUUCUCAUUCGUGUGCUUCAAGUUCAAGCCAACUCUCGAGCUCUUUUUCGACGGAACCUCCUCCAAGCCAAUCGUGCUCCGCGCCUCCGCAAACCCUGUCACCGGCUGCCGCCUCCCCUAUCGCUGCGGCCUUGUGGCACCGGGGUCCACGUGGGCAUACGAUGUCAGCGGCAGGGAGCUGCAUGCGGCAGUGACGGGCGCCAUGGGCUUCAGCUCUCCGCGCUUCAACGAUGCCAGCUGGCCGCGAGGCCCGGCUAUCAUUGGCUAUGUGGGAUGGCGGUGGGUCGGCAUCAACACAUGGACACCCCCCUCAGGAGACGCCCUGCCCACCUUCUACUACCGGCGGCCGUUCCGAGUGGCCAACAGCGCGUGUGCCACGGGGCUGUAUGUGGACGUGAUCGUGAACGACGGCGUGCUUCUCUAUCUGAACGGGGUGGAGAUGCUGCGAGUCAACAUGGCACCCGGCGCUGUGAAUGUUUCCUCGAGGGCCCUAUCCAACCAGAACGUGUGGGUCUACACGUCCUUCUUCAUCCCUCUCAACGCCACAGCACCCUUCUCUCUCGCGGAGGGCACCAACCACAUCGCCGCCGAAUCACACGCCGCCAUCUGGACCACCGAGAACUUCUUUGACCUCAAACUGUCCGCCCAGAUGGAUAGCGCAACAUGCAGUGGCGUGCUCAUUCUGCAGGAGGUGUGCGACGGGCUCGACAACAACAACGACGGCAAGGUUGACAUAGACCCACUGACCGACCGGCUUCUCACGCGCCCGUGCCGCAACCCCUGUGGGGCAGGAAUAGAGACGUGCAUCGAUGGGGCGUUUCAGAACUGCACUGCUCCCGUGCACGGGCCUGAAGUCUGCAACGGGGUGGGCGACAACUGUGACGGUAUUAUCGACAACUCGCCCUCCCCAGCCGCCCCUCAGCUCGACUGCGCCAAUGGCUCUCUGUGCUCCAAGGGGCAGCGCAACGGCGUUGACGACUACUCUCACCACAACUCGCCCUCUCCAACCACUCCUCAGCUGGACUGCGCCAACGACUCGCUCUGCAACGGGGUGGACGACAACUGUGACGGGCUCAUCGACAACUCGCCCUCUCCAACCGCCGCUCGGCUCGACUGUGCCGACGGCUCCCUCUGCUUCAAGGGGCAGUGCCUGCCGUACGGCCCUCUCACCGCACCCGUCACAGUGAUCAACAAGAGCGCUGCUGGCUGGCUGUACUACGAUAAGGGGUACCUUCCGCAGUCCUACCCCACUUGGAGCACCAACAGCCCUCUCGCCCAGCCCACAUCUUCCUGUCCCUUCCCCGCUUCCUUCUAUUCCCCUCUGCCCCUCACAGCAACGUGCCAGCUCACCUACUCAAGGAGGGCGCAGCACCGUUUGGAUUCAACUCAACAUCGCCCACGGCCACCAACCUCUCUCUCGCAGCUCACCAGUGGUGCCUCUGCCUACUUCUUCCCCUCAAGUCCCACUCUCCCACUCUGCCACUCUCCCUUGCGCCCCUCUGCCCCUCUCCCUUGCGCCCCUCUGCCACUCUCCCUUGCGCCCCUCUGCCCCUCUCCCUUGCGCCCCUCUGCCCCUCUCCCUUGCGCCCCUCUGCCCCUCAACAGGAACGUGCCAGCGCAUCUCAUGAAGGAAGGGGCAGCCCCGUUUGGCUUCAACUCAGCGACAGCCGCGGCCACCAACCUGUCGCAGCUCACCAGCCUCUCUCCCCUCUGCCCCUCUCUGCCUCCACAGAAACGUGCCAGCACGUCUGCUAAAGGAGGGAGCAGCACCAUUCGGCUACAACUCAGCGUCCCCCACGGCCACCAACCUGUCGCAGCUCACCAGUGGCGACUCCGCCUACUUCUUCCUCAAGAGCUUUGCUCUCACAGAGGAGGAGGCCAACAACACCUGGAGCUACUGUGGGUUGCCGCCCCUCCUUUACCUGCGUCUCUUUCUUACCUGCGCCUCUUUUCAUUGAUCAACUGCUUUAUACCUCCACCCACGACCUGCUGUUGUGUUGACCCUACUUGCCUCUUCCUCAAGAGCUAUGCGCUCACAGAGGAGGAGGUCAGCAACACCUGGAGCUACUGUGAGUUGCAAUCUCUGGGUCCCACACCCCCCUCCUCCACUUUACUCCAUCCUCCUCCGGUCAUUUCCUCCUCUAGAGCCCUCUCUUUUGUUAUGACUCUGCUUUUCUCUCUCAAGGGUUUCGCCCUCACAGAGGAGCAGGCCGACAACACCUGGUGCUCUGCGACUGCGUCCGUCCAGAGGGAUGACGGUGCUGUCCUCCUGAUGAACGGAGCCGAGUUUUUCCGCUCCAACAUGCCUGCUGGCCCCAUCACCUCCGCAUCCUUUGCUGCCACCGGCACGUGGGGGGCCGACAAAACCACCUUCUUCAACAGCACGCCCUUCCGAUCCAUCGCGCAGUUCCUGCAGCCGGGAACCAACUGGGUGGGAGUGCAGCUACAUCAGUCGCGCUGGUCCAGCGAUGCCCUCUUCGAUCUCGAGCUCACCCGCCACGCCAUGCGCCCCUGUUCCGCCCUCGAAGGCUCGCCUGCUGCCUGUGUCCGCACACCCCCGGCUGACACUCUGCUGCUUGCGGUGAGAUGCGAUGCGCACAAACUUAGGAUCAACUGGCUUGUGCCAUGUGCCAUACGCCACGCCAUGCGCCCCUGCUCUGCUCUCAAAGGCUCUCCCUCUGCUUGUGUCCGCACGCCCCCGGCUGACACCCUGCUGCUCGCGGUGAGAAGCGCACACACCUAA